UAGUUCGGGAAGCAUACGAGGGCAUGGGUAACGAAAAUAUCUUUGUGGUCCACACGAUUCAUCGCAUCUCUUUCUCUUGGCGGAUUCGAUUCUUGAUAUAUCCGCUCCGUCCUCAUUCCCACUCCACCCGCCUCGACCCUCCUCAUCUCUCUCUCUCUCUAUCUCACGCGCGCCCCGCCCUUCCCAUUCGUUCUCCUUCUCCUCUCGGUAUGGAGGUCGCGUUCUCCGCCAAGCCCCACACCCCCAUCUUCUACGUUCCCCUCCCCUUCCCCCACUCGAUCUCCAACCGGCUGGAGUUUCUUAGACGUGGCAGCCAUUCUCGGCCUUCCUCCGGCCUCCGACCCCUCAAGAGGAGCAAGAAAUCAGAGUUAAAGAUCCAUCCCUCCAGAUGCCUCUACGAUGAUUUUUCAUACGAAGAAUCCGUUAUUGCAGUUGCCGCAGUGGCCGCGGCUUUCACUGCUUCCCAGUUAAUGCACACGAAGAAGAGGAGCGAAUCCCUUCACUUUUCAGGUCUAAAAGUUUGUGAUACUUUCUUCUUCAAACCCUGCAAGGAUGAUGCUGCUAUUAGGAGAAAAGCAGAUGCUUCAAGAGAGUUUAUAAUCAGUCGACAUAAUCAAUUUGUAUAUGAGGGAAAAAAUAAAACUUUUGAGAUGCCUCAGGAAUUGCAUCUAGAGAAAGGUAUGCACUCUACUAUUUCAGACAGGAAGCAGCAUAAUGCUGUCAAAAAAGGUAUUGGUCCUUGUCACACUGUAUCCACCAGCUGUAAUAAUUCCUCCCCUUCUGGGGUUAAUUGCCAAGAAACUUCUGUUUGUGGCAAAGAGGAAGAGCUUGACUUAAGAUCAAUAUCACGCUUUAGAAGCUUGAUCGCAGAGCCACUUCAAUUUAUUCUUCUCCCUAACAAUAGUUUACAUGGUCAGUCUUCAUAUGACCUGAAGGUUCAGAAUGUCCUUGCAAAAAGCUAUUAUUUUACAGACAAUACAAAAAUACAAUCACCUCGUGCACGCUUUAAGGAUGCUUCAGAAAGAGAAGAAAAAGUACUGAACAAAAUGAAUGGACAUACUCAAGAUAUGACAAAAAAACUGAGGCGUGAAAGGAAUGAUUCACUCUUGUCUAGGUUCCCUCAGUUGAAUGGGAACUUAGAGAAAAGUACAAAUGGUUUUUCACAAUGGUUAAGAACCUACAAUCAUCUCUUGAGAGCUGGCAGGCUCAAAGAAUGCAUUGACUUGUUGGAGAACACAGAAAGAAUGGGAUUGUUGGAUAUGAACAAGGUCAUUGAAAACUGGCAGUAUUAUGUAGUUCUUUUGUUUAAUUGGUUCAAGUUUCAAAAUACUGAUUGCUGUUCCUUAUCUUUUCAGGUCCAUCAUAUGAGUUUUCUAAAUGCUUGUAAGAGUCAGAAGGCUGUUAAAGAAGCUUUUCAGUUUUGCAAGUUAAUCCAAAACCCGAUGAUGAGCACUUUUAAUACGCUUUUAUCUGUCUGUGCUAACUCACAAGACUAUGAAGGAGCUGUCCAAGUUAUGCUUCUGAUCAAGGAGGCUGCACUUAAACCGGAUUGUAAACUUUACACUACACUGAUAUCAACCUGUGCGAAAAGUGGAAAAGUUGAUGCUAUGUUUGAAGUUUUCCAUGAAAUGGUAAAUUCUGGAAUAGAGCCUAAUGUCAACACAUAUGGGGCACUUAUUGAUGGUUGUGCAAGGGCAGGACAAGUGGCUAAAGCUUUUGGGGCCUAUGGGAUUAUGAGAUCUAAGAAAGUGCAGCCUGAUCGAGUUGUAUUUAAUGCCCUGAUAACUGCAUGUGGUGAGUCAGGAGCAGUUGAUCGUGCCUUUGAUGUUUUAUCAGAAAUGAGAGCUGAGCCCAAACCAAUAGAUCCUGAUCAUGUUACUAUUGGUGCUCUGAUCAAGGCAUGCACUAAAGCUGAUCAGGUUGAUCGAACUCGUGAAGUAUAUAAAAUGCUUCAAGAGUAUAACAUAACAGGCACUCCAGAAGUUUAUACUAUUGCUGUCAGAAGUUGUAGUCAGAUAGGUGAUUUGGAAUUUGGUCUUGGAAUUUAUGAUGAUAUGAAAAGAAAUGGUGUGAGACCUGAUGAGAUGUUCCUUAGCACUCUAAUUGAUGUUGCUGGGCAUGCGGGGAAGGUAGAUGCUGCCUUCAAAAUCUUGCAAGAUGCAAAGGCUGAUGGAAUAAAAGUUGGGACAAUGUCAUAUAGCUCUUUGAUGGGAGCUUGUUGCAAUGCUAAAAAUUGGAAUAAAGCUCUCGAAUUAUAUGAGGAAAUAAAGACAUUAAGAUUACUUCCAACAGUUUCUUUGCUAAAUGCUUUGAUCACAUCCUUAUGUGAUGCUGACCAAUUACUGAAGUGUGUUGAAGUUCUUGACAAAAUUAAAAAGAUGGGGGUACAACCAAAUGAAAUUACAUAUUCUGUGUUAAUAGUUGCAUGUGAAAGAAAUGGUGAAGCAGAAUUGGCAUUUACACUCUUUGGAGAAGCUAAAAGGGAUUACAUUCUACCAAAUCUUAUCAUGUGCUGUUGUUUGACUGGAUUAUGCUUGUACAGUUUCAAGAAGGCUUAUUCACUUGGUGAACCCAUUGUGAAUUUCAACUCUGGUAGACCACAAAUUGAUAGCAAAUGGACUUCACUAGCAAUAAUGGUCUACCGUGAAACUAUUCAAGCUGGGGUUAUUCCUACAAUUGAAGUGUUUUCACAAGUGCUUGGAUGUCUGCAGUUUCCACGUGAUUGUUCACUAAGGAAUAAAUUUAUUGAGAACCUUGGAUCACAUUUUGAUGCAUCCAAAUUUGCAAAUGUGAGCACAUUGCUGGAUGGUUUUGGAGAAUAUGAUAUUCGUUCUUUUUCCAUACUCGAGGAGGCUACUUCAUUGGGUCUAAUUCCACGUGUAUCAAUGAAAGACAAUCCACUUAUUGUCGAUGCAAGGAAAUUGCAGAUACAUACUGUUGAGGUUUAUCUCUUGAUGAUUUUGAAAGGUUUGAAGCAUCGUCUUGCAGCUGGUGCAAGGCUUCCAAAUAUAACUAUUUUGUUACCUACAGAAAAAACCCAAAUAGAAAUUCUGAAAGAGGAGAGAUCCAUUCGCCUUGCUGGAAGGGUCGGACAGGCAGUUGGUUCGUUGUUGAGAAGAUUGGGCCUUCCCUAUCAAGGAGAUGAAUCAUAUGGCAAACUUAGAAUCAAUGGUCUUGCUUUGAGAAGGUGGUUUCAACCAAAGGUUACUUCUUCAUCUUUUCCAGGAAAACCUGCAGAUAUGAUUUCAACAACUGCACGCCUAGCAAAAGGGAUUGCUAAACAGCAGCGAGAUAUCAGGAUCAGCCAAAAUUUGUCGCUCGAAUAACCAUGCUCCACCUUUCGUGGUGUCUGCACUUAAAUUUGGGUUUGGCGAGAUGAAUUAGAAAAUCUUCCAGCCUGCAUUAUGAUCGCUGAUGCAGAAGUAAUGCUUUCAACUUGGUUAUUGUCAUUUCAGAGGUAGAACAAUACAAAGUGUAGUAUUGGUUGAACAGUCAAAAAGUGUUGUCAGCUUCUGUUAUCUAUCUAUUAAGGCGAAGGUGUCAUUUGCCGAUUGAAAAAUGAAAGACACAUGAUUUAAGUCGUUUGUUCGACUUCCAUGCACAUCCAAGAGUUAUACGCUUGAGGCAUCAAAUUUGAAGCAUGAUGGAUUCAAAGAUGUUUAACAACAUGUUCGACAUAUUUACAGAGCUGGUGAUUUACAUGUUAGAGAGCAUUUGGGAUCGGGCUUUAAAUUCUUGUUGCCAAAGAAAUAAAGAUAAUUCUGCUAAAGGUUCUUGUUAUUGUUUAUCAAUGGCAAUGGGACAGUAAAAAGUUCGGUUGUCUUAUGUUAAUUGUAAGUCUCUGUAUUGUUGUGAAAGCACAAGUUAAAGUUGUGGUGCA